CCACGAGACGAAAACAUCUGGCGCAAUGUCAGACAUCCUGACGUAUGGCGGCCAAUUCAGACGUUCCUCCUCAGAGCUCUCCAUGCCUCCCUUAAGAUCGUGGAAUUCUGGGAAAAUAUCCCUCUCUAUGAACGGCGUGCACGAUGCUCCAUCUGCAAUGAAGCCACUGAGUCCUUAGAACAUAUCCUCCUUGACUGCCAUCGGGGCCAGGCCAACAGCAUCUAG